ACUAUUACUAUCCCUGCAUCUAAGAAGCCAUAGACUAAAUUGGCUUACACAGAGAGAGUUAGAGUGAGAGAGUUCUGUGACAUGAUGAAUUCAAUGAUUUUCAAGUGUGUUCUGCUUAUGGUUCUGUCCUGCAGAUACACCAUAGCAGAAACCAAAACAGAGUACCCCAAAAAGAACACAUAUAUAAUUCACAUGGACAAGUUCAACAUGCCAUCAAGUUUCAAUGACCAUCUUCAGUGGUAUGAUUCAUCUCUCAAAGCAGUUUCGGAAUCUGCAGAGAUGCUCUACACCUACAAACAUGUAGCUCACGGAUUCUCCACAAAGCUAACUGCUCAAGAAGCAGAAUUACUUGCCAACCAACCGGGAAUCCUCUCUGUUAUCCCUGAAGUUCGAUACGAGCUUCACACAACUCGAACACCAGAGUUCUUGGGGUUGGCAGAAAAAACAUCAACUCAUGCAAUUUCCUCUGACAAACAAAGCGAAGUGAUUGUUGGAGUGCUUGACACCGGAGUAUGGCCUGAACUUAAAAGCUUCGACGACACGGGGCUUGGACCGGUACCAAGCAGUUGGAAAGGCACUUGUGAGACAGGUAACAACUUCAACUCGUCAAAUUGUAACAAGAAACUCGUUGGUGCAAGAUUCUUUGCCAAAGGAUAUGAAGCAGCCUUUGGACCCAUCGAUUUGAAGACAGAAUCAAAAUCGCCUAGGGAUGAUGAUGGCCAUGGAAGUCACACUUCAACUACAGCAGCAGGAUCUGUUGUUUCAGGAGCUAGCCUCUUUGGUUAUGCUUCAGGGACAGCAAGAGGAAUGGCCCCACAAGCACGUGUGGCCGUUUACAAAGUGUGCUGGAUUGGAGGGUGCUUCACUUCAGAUAUCGCUGCUGCAAUCGACAGGGCCAUUGAAGAUGGUGUGAAUGUGCUUUCCAUGUCUAUUGGGGGGUCUGUAACUGAUUACUCCAGGGACAUUAUUGCAAUUGGAACAUUUGCAGCCACAGCACAUGGAAUUCUAGUAUCCAAUUCUGCAGGAAACAGUGGCCCUAGUGAAGCAUCCGUGUCUAACGUGGCUCCAUGGAUAACCACCGUUGGUGCUGGAACUAUAGACCGUGAUUUCCCUGCUUAUAUCACCCUUGGAAAUGGAAAGAAAUACGCGGGGGUGUCUCUUUACAACGGAAAACUACCAUCUAAUUCUGCAGUGCCACUUGUCUAUGCCGGCAAUGUAAGUAGUUUAUCCAGUGGACGUCUAUGCACCAAGGAUAGUUUGAUUAGCAGUAAAGUUUCGGGCAAAAUCGUGGUGUGCGAGCGCGGAGGAAAUCCAAGAGUGGAAAAGAGUUUGGUUGUGAAGAAGGCUGGAGGAAUUGGGAUGAUUCUAGCAAACACUGCAGAAUAUGGGGAAGAGCUAGUUGCAGAUUCUUUCCUCAUCCCUGCAGCAGCAUUAGGCCAGAAAGAGAGCAAUGAAGUAAAGAAGUAUGCAGCCUCAACUCCAAAUCCAACUGUCAAAAUUGAAUUUGGAGGCACGCAUUUAGGGGUUCAGCCAUCCCCAGUGGUGGCAGCAUUCAGCUCCAGAGGACCAAAUUUGCUCACUCCAAAAAUACUCAAACCAGAUUUGAUAGCGCCUGGAGUGAACAUCCUAGCUGGGUGGACCGGAGCAGUUGGACCAACCGGUUUGUCUGUUGACAAAAGGCAUGUGAGCUUCAACAUCGUCUCUGGCACUUCCAUGUCCUGCCCCCAUGUUAGUGGCCUAGCUGCCCUUCUUAAGGGAGCACACCCUGAAUGGAGCCCUGCAGCCAUAAGGUCUGCCCUUAUGACCACAUCCUACACAUCCUACAAAAAUGGACAAUCCAUAAAAGAUGUUGCAACCGGACUGCCAGCUACGCCAUUCGAUUAUGGUGCCGGGCAUGUGGAUCCAGUGGCUGCUCUUGAUCCUGGUCUUGUCUAUGAUGCUACCGUGGAUGAUUACCUGAGCUUCUUCUGUGCCUUGAACUACACUUCAUCUCAAAUAAAGCUUGCCACAAGAAGAGUAUAUACCUGCAGCAAAAGAAAGACCUAUAGAGUUGAAGAUCUCAAUUACCCAUCUUUUGCUGUUCCUUUUGACACAAGUUCAGGCAUAGGUGGUGGUUCUAACGCACCAACCACUGUCCAAUACAAGAGGACUUUAACCAACAUGGGCACCCCAGCAACAUAUAAGAUUUCGGUGUCAUCAAAGUCUCCAUCCGUGAAGAUUGUGGUUGAACCAGAAAUACUUAGUUUCAAGGAAGUGAACGAGAAGAAGGGCUACACCGUCACAUUCACAGCAUCUUCAAUGCCGUCCGGCACCAACAGCUUCGCUUUUCUGCAAUGGUCUGAUGGGAAACAUAAUGUUACCAGUCCUAUUGCUUUCAGCUGGACCUGACAGUGAGAGAGAUUUGAAGGCCCUAACUCUGAAUUACAUAUGCAGCAAUACAUACAUGGUUGAGUACAAGGGUUCAUGUGAUGCUGUGUAUUUGGUCCAGCAAAGUAGGCCUAAGAGAACAGCUCCUGACUCAUGAUGAUGUAAUGUAUCUCUUAUGUUGUUCCUAUUUGAAGCUAGUCAAACAAUAAUUGUACAGAAAUAACUGUGCAAUGGCACUUUUAUAAUGUAGCUUAUAUAAUUGUACUUCUGAACUUAUUUGGA